AUGUCCGACGCUGACGUCCUCGUCGACGGUAGGUACCGUCUCCUCACUCGCGUCGGCCGCGGCGCCACCGGGGAGGUCUACCGCGCGAUCGACGUCACGAAAGAUGUCACCACCGGACUGAAUCAGAAUCAGGAUCCCAACGCACACGUCGCUGUCAAGCUCGUGGAUCUCGAGGAUGCCGAGGACGAAGUCGCGGACAUUCAGCGCGAGAUCGGUAUCUUGGCCCAGUGCGCGUCACCGUAUGUGACGAAGUAUCUUGGGAGCGCGUUGUUGCGGGGGACGAGUAAGCUCGCGAUCGUCAUGGAGUACAUGGCGGGCGGAAGCGCUCGGCAUUUAGUGGAAGAGAUCGAGCAUUCGGGCGAUUCGAGCUCGAAAGGUUUGGGUGAGGGUGAGAUUUCAUUCAUCACGCGAGACGUCUUGAGGGCGUUGGAGUACUUGCACGCGGAAGGGAAGAUACAUCGAGACGUCAAGGCGGCUAACGUGUUGCUCACGGCGAGCGCCGAGGCGCGAUUGGCGGAUUUCGGGGUGAGUGGACAGAUGACACACACGUUGGGAGCGAGACGAAAGACGUUCACAGGGACGCCAUUUUGGAUGGCGCCAGAGGUGAUACAGGGGGGGGAGGGUUACGACGAGAAGGCUGAUAUUUGGAGCUUGGGCAUUACGUGUUACGAACUGGCGACGGGCUCAGCGCCACACUCAGAUUUGCAUCCGAUGCGCGUGUUGUUCGUGAUUCCGAAAGAAGACCCGCCGAGUUUGCCCCCAGAUGGAGAUUUUAGUGACGACUUUCGAGAUUUCGUGUCGCAGUGUUUGAGGAAGGAUCCGCUCGAACGACCGAGCGCGGAGGAGUUGUUGAAGCAUCCGUUUGUCGCGCGGUUCGAUGUCGCAGCUAUUCAAACUUUACAGGCGCGCGUAGACAAGCACAUCGCGCUUACGGACGACGAAGAGGGCGCACAUGAUAGCGCAAGCGCGCUGGCGCAAAAGGAGGCUAACACGGGCUCGUCCGCUCCGGCGUGGGAUUUCGGCGACGACUCGCUUGGAAGAAAGUUCACGCCGCCGGAGGCGGCGGUGGUGUUGGCAGCGGCGAGCGCUGAGGUGCGCUCUGAACACGGUGGGAGCGCACCGUCCGUGUAUCAAUCGAUGGGUGGUACGAUUCGCAUGGCUGAGCCCCCGUCAUUCUCCGAUAGACACACCGAAGACGGCGUAUCUGAUGACUUAGUUUCGAUGGAUGCGGCAACAUUCGGGACAACGAGCUCGCACAGCGCCCACCAACGCGACAAACUGGAUGCUCUCUUAGAAAACACCCUGCACACUCCGCUGAUGCGAAGUUUGAUCGGUCCCGCGCUGGAAACGAUUCAGACGAGAGACGACGAGGACGCUCACGCGGCGUUGCAACGAGCCAUCGAGGCGUUGGACGAGCUCGAGAUCGUCGUGCCCGGCUCCCUUAUGACGCUCGUACAAUCCAUCGUUCGGGAGCUCGCUAGGAGUGACGACGAGUCUUUGCGUACGCUUAAAUCGCGCGCACGAAAUUACUUUGGCGCGACGAGGGGAGAUUCCGUCAACGGUUUAUCCACUGGCGGUCGCAGCGUUGUCGCGAAUUACUUGAUAGCAAGGUGGCAACGAGACGUGCGUAGCGAUUUGUAA